AAGUAUCUGUCACACACACUGACAACUGGGAAACCUCCCGCACCAAACAGGUGUCCUCCUCCUUCAGAGCCACAGUCACAUCACCGGGGGGCUGCAGACUCUCUCCCUCUACUCCUCUGAACGCUGCUCUUUACUUUAUCUGUCCUGACAACUUCCAGGAAAUAGCUUGAACACAUAUCUACAAAUGAUGCACUCGGCACAGAAAGACACCACCUUCACCAAGAUCUUUGUUGGAGGUCUUCCUUAUCACACUACGGACACCAGUCUAAGGAAGUAUUUCGAGGUGUAUGGAGAUAUCGAGGAGGCGGUUGUCAUCACCGAUCGGCAGACGGGGAAAUCCAGAGGUUAUGGAUUUGUCACCAUGGCAGACCGGGCCUCUGCUGACCGAGCCUGCAAGGAUCCCAACCCCAUAAUAGACGGCAGGAAAGCCAAUGUGAACCUGGCCUACCUGGGAGCCAAGCCCAGGGUCAUACAGCCAGGUGAGGGACUGGACCACAGCUUUAUUUCCCAACUUCAAGAUGAUCAAGGAUUUGCAUUUGGAAUGCCUCAGAUCCAUCCAGCAUUCAUCCAAAGGCCUUAUGGAGUUCCUGCCCACUAUGUCUACCCUCAGGCCUUUGUCCAACCCAGCAUGAUGAUCCCUCAUGUACAACCUUCUGCUGCUACAGCAACAGCUGCUGGUGCCACUUCCCCAUACCUUGACUAUACUGGAGCAGCGUAUGCCCAGUACUCUGCUGCUGCCACCGCUGCCGCAGCUGCUGCUGCAUAUGAGCAGUAUCCUUACGCGGCCUCACCAGCACCAACAAGCUACAUGACUACAGCAGGGUAUGGAUACGCUGUCCAGCAGCCACUCGGCACUGCUGCCACCCCAGGAUCUGCCGCUGCUGCUGCCGCCUUCAGCCAGUACCAACCUCAGCAGCUCCAGACAGACCGCAUGCAGUAAAACCAUGAAAACGACCUUUAAGGAGGAAAGGAGGUCCGCUCAUCCAAUGAAGAGGGCAAAGUUAUGUAGGGGAAGACCGUAGGGGCUAAAUGAGGGUUGUCACACCCAGGUUUUAAUCGGGCAGUCCUUCUACCAAAGAGCCUGAAGAAAAUCACCAAAAAUGUGGAGAGAAAUGAGGAAUUACUGCAUUUCUUUUAUUCAAGAGAGAGCAGUAUUUUUUGGCACUAUUGAAUAUAUAUGAAUAUUUAUUCAGCAGGAAAGUAAUUCAUGUUAAUUGAAGUAGACUCACUUGACCUCAUGUCAACCAUUGCUGAAUUGUGUAUAUAUUUGCAUUCACGUCUUAUGAUCAGGUUUCUUCCCCAGUUCUUUGAAAACAAACCAAAACACUUUCAUAAAUAUGAGAACAGUAUGUUACGUCAACACACAGUUUUCAGUAUUUCAUAGUUUUUGACCAGUAUUUUGUUUGGUAAAACUUUUGCCAGGAUUGUUCUCUUUUUUUAUAACUGUUUGGAGUGAGAUAGAUUAGACAACGUCAACUAGUUCCCUUUAAAAAUGUAUUUUCUCGCUGUUCAUAAGACAAGAUGCUGAAGUGACAGCUGAAGCUGGUAAAAGCACUCCCUUUUCUUCCCUUUUUAAAAUGCACCUCAAGUUAACUCCGAAUAAGGGAAGAAACAUUUUUGAACGUGAAUCUUUCAUUUUGACAAAAUGUUUCAUAAUGUGCCUUUAAAUUAUGCUAUUUAUGUAUUUAUUAAGAAGCCUUACAGUAAUAAACCCUUUAAUUUGUGUUUGUGUGUUAAUAAUAAGCCUGAUAUAGAACAUGUCAACAUGUGCUGCUGCAUAAUGAUCAAGAGCAUGUGUAGGAUGUUUAGACUUGGCUUAACAAAGCGAUACACUGUGUAUAAAGAACAAAAGAUGAGUGGAAAGGUAGCAAUAAGUCCAACGUAUUUUCUGUUUUCUCAAAUAGAUUCUUAAUUCUUUAAUGUCGCUUUUUAUACUUGACCAGUUUGAUUAUAGACAAAAUUUACAUUUGAUGUCAUUACACAUUGAAUGUUUUCUAAUGCAAGGACAUCACCUGUUUCACCUUGCAUUUUGUAAUGCAUGACUCAAAAUAAUGCAAACAUUUAAUAUGUGAAAUAAAAAUAAAACUUCCCUAUUC